ACGGCUGUUCUGCAGUCAGCGUGACUGCCGCCGGCAGCUUGCGUGCGCGCUUCUUCACUCACUAGGCGAUUAGAAAAUCUGCGAUGCUGGACAGGGCUCCUGGACGAUCAGCGUUAUUCUGCGCACUUACGCUUUGUGCACGCGUGGCCGUGUUGCGGAGGUUCAAGACCCUAUCUCGUCCUCAGAGAGAUUCCGAGAUCUAUUCUAUGAAUCACUGCCGGCCACAUACGCUCCUCCAUGCUCUACGGAUCUAAUCACGCUCUUCGUUUCUCUGGGCACGAAGUAUGAGGUUCUUCUGGGCUCUGGUCGCUCUCUUUGCGACCCUGUGUGCCAGUCAAGAUGCGGGGCAGUCGGACCUUCAGCGUGCUCUGGGAAUUGUGCAGCAGAUGCCAGAAUGCGCCCGAACUUGUCUCGUGGAAGCGGUAGCAGCUUCUGGUCAAAGUGCUGGCAACAUCGACAUCGCUUCAAGCUGUAGCAACACCACAGCGACGGCAGGCAUUGAAGCAUGCGCCUUGUCGACUUGCAAGAUCCGAGAGCAGCUGGUUGCAAAGAACCUCACGGAACAGCUGUGUCAGCGACCUGUUCGCGAUGCCGAGAGCUUUUCGAUUGCCAGUAUCGUCGGUAUUGCAUUGGCUGCAGUGGCAUACAUCAUGCGACUUCUGUCCAAGGUGCGCUUUCCAUGCGAGAGAGGUGCUCGAAUCGAUACCGACUUCUGGUGGGACGACUUCACGAUCACCGUCGCGAUGGCACUUCUGAUUCCAAUCACUGCACUUUCCAACGUCUUGACCGGAUUAGGUGUGGGCAAGGACGUCUGGACAAUUCCGUUCGACAAGCUUCCACAGAUUCUCAAAGUCUACUAUGUCGACGAGAUUCUUUACCUGACCGCUCUGCCGACGAUCAAGAUAGCAAUCUGCUGCACCUAUCUUCGCAUUUUCCAGCACAAGAACUUCAAAAUGCUUGCCUACAUCGCCAUCGCCCUCAACGUGGCCUACGCCAUCACCUUCAUUUUGAUCACAGCAUUCCAGUGCACACCGGUCAACUUGGCGUGGGACAAUUGGGACAAGUCGCUCCCUGGCAAAUGCAACAACAUCAAUGCCCAGUCAUGGGCCUCGGCCGCUUUCAAUAUCGCCCUGGACCUAGUUGUCGUCGUCUUACCAAUGCCUAUGUUGUGGAGGAUGAAUCUCAAUACUCGCAAGAAGAUCUUGGUCAUGCUUAUGUUCAGCGUCGGAUCCUUCGUCACUUUCGUCUCCAUUCUGCGACUUCGACUUCUGGUCAGGUUCGGCAACUCCCAGAAUCUCACACAUGACUACAAGCAAGUAGGAGCAUGGACCGUCAUCGAGGUCGACACAGCAAUGGUUUGCGCUUGCAUGCCUGGCAUUCGUAACUUGAUCCGAAGAGCUUUCCCUAGACUGAUGGGACAGAGUACGGCCGGAACUGGAGGCAAAUCUGGAUCUGGAGGCUUAUCUGGAGGGACGGCCGUAAACAGUGGUGUCGUCGACAAAAAUGGCGCUGAGAUCUACGUGCGACCCAGGCACAGCGACGAUGGCCACUUCAUUCCACUCGAGAACAUCAGCACUCAGGAGGUUCACACAUCGCACGCCCGUCAAGUCAGCAGCAGCAAUCAAACUACGAACUUUUCGCGUCCAGUCUCGCCGCUGGAGACCAUUCAAUGGGAAGGAGAGAAGAAGCAAAAGUCGGCAUAUCCAGCUUGAGGUUGGCCGGCUGGCAUAAUCACAGUAUCACGGAAGGCAAUGGCAGCGACAGAGCCGAGAGUGAAGCAACGGAAGAUCGCAGCAUAAGAUUCAGGAGAAGGAACCGUUCAUGAUCCGACGGUUGUUAGAACUACCGCACGGGAUGUCUCGCACGAGCGUGCGCACGAGCAUUCAAACUACCCACAGCCUCAGCACGACCGAUGACAUAUUUUGCAUCUGAGCCUCACGAAAAAUCAAUCUUGAUGGAUAUUUGCCUCGGCCUACUCGUAUCAGUCAUUGUC